CACGUCGGAGGAAACAUGUCGAUACCAACAAAUCGCAACUCAAAUCAGUCACUCAGCGCGAUGUGGACAUUGUGAAGACUUUAAAUCAUCACUGUAUGGAAACAUGAACGCGCUUUGCUGCUUUGCACUUCGUUUUUCCCUCCUGAUUGAUGUGUCUUUGGUAUUGGGAGAUUUGCUCAGUCCUCAGAAUGUGACUCUUGAGACGCUGAACACACAUUACGUCCUGCAGUGGGACUGGAGUCAGCAGACGGCUGUUAACAGCACUGUCACCUUCACUGCACAGUCUCUCGCGAAGUAUAAGGCACGUAAGCAGGCUCAUAAGCAGGACUGGCAAUCUGUGUGUGUGAAUGUAACGGAGCACCGCUGUGAUUUCUCUAAUGCUGGUUUGCAUUACUUCGGCAUGUUUCUGCUACGUGUACGGGCGAACACAGCUCAACAGUCUUCCCGCUGGGUCCAGAUUGAGUUCUGCCCUGAUAAACAAGCUGCUUUAGGUCCUCCGUCCAGUGUGAAGCUGAACUCUGUUAAAGAAGAUCUUGAGAUCAUUAUCUCUGACCCUCUGAGCAGCACAAACCAGUCAAUGAAAGAGCUGUCGCAGAAGAUGUAUUACCUCAUCCAGUACUGGAAGAAAUCAGACAGCUCACAGGAGACAAAAGCAGUUUUGAAGACGGAGAGUAAUGUUGUGAUGCUGUCUAACCUGGACAAAUGGACGGAGUACUGUGUGAGAGUUCAGUCCUGCUGUGCAUACUACAACAAGAGCAGCGUCUUCAGUGAUACACUCUGUACACAGACUGGGGGAGACACUUCGUACCAGAAGAUAUUUGGCUACUUCCUGUUGUCUCUGCUCUUUUUCCUGGUGGUGCCUUUACUGUGGUUCUGCUUGAAUAAGAUGUAUACGUUCAUAAAGAGCAUCUUUUGCCCCUCCAUUCAACUGCCAGUGUACAUGCAAGAGCUCUGCUUUUCUGACUCUGAUAUGCCUCAACUGUUGGAUCCUAAGGCAGAGUGCGUCUGUGAGCAUCUGGACCUCAACAGUGCAGAGACACAGGACACUGGAGCAGCAGUGAUGGAUCUCCUCCUCUCACAGGACACAGUCAUGCACAGCAGACAUGGCAGCGGAGACUCCGGCGUUUACUCCACAGAGGAGGACUCGUGUCACACACACAUCACAUGCAUAGAUGUACAGAUGGAAGACCUGUUUUAGGUUGGAGAGAAACCGUAACCAAAAGAGAAGGUUUCCUUAAGAAAAUGAAAAGUUUGGUGUCCACCUAAAUACCUGGGAGGCACUGAGGAGAUCAGUUAAGGGUGAAACAAUGGUUGCAAAAUUCUGACAAAACCCCCGAUAAUAUUCUGCCAUCCCCAAGAAGCGGCGCAACUUGCGUUUACUCACUGGCGUGGGGACUCAACAAGGGCAAAGACUUUUGCAUCCACUGGACAUACCUGACCUUGGCCAACGUGAUUACCCAGGUUCAAAUUCAGUGCCAGUGAAGCCCACAGUAUUUCUAAAUGUUCUUCCCAACUGGAAAAAUAGACCGCAACAUUGUCUUAAUAUCUUUGCACUGCUGCACUCCAGAGAGCACUGUCUGCAUAAGGUGCUGAAAUGUAGAGGGCCUUGCCAGUAUCCUUUCAAAAGAUCUAGCUUUGUCACAGAUUUCACACACACAGUCUUGAAACUGUCUUUUUUGCUUCAAAUCAAAGUUUGUAAUGUUGUGAUUCAUCUCGGAGCUGGUUGGUUUGGUUAAUGUCUUUCAAGUCUAUGAAGACUUUUAUGAAAUCCCUAUGGAAGAAAUGACUGGGAAAAAUACUUUUGGAACCAAGACAGCUGAAAAAGUGUGCGGGCACUAUUGCACUCUCUAUAGCCUCUAUUAAUAAUCUUUUACCUGUUAUUAUAUCUAACCUCUUAAAACCAGGUGCUAGGCCGCAAGAAGGCGCUAAACACUGGAAAAAAUGAUGGUAUUAUUCAAUAACCACUUGCUUGAUCUCCACAACAUGUUAAUGAUAGGAUGUGAAGCCUUAUGAAGCAAAGAUACUGUACUUUCUAUACAAAUGUAUUGAAAAUGGAUUCAUUACUCAAAGCUUCUGUACACGGUUCAAAUUACUGCCAUCUGGUGGUCAAAAAAAAAAUAAGCGCAUCUAAUAAGCCGCAGUGGCUAACAAAGUUUUGAUGCAAUAAAAUUCAUAUUCAGCGUUGUUGUAAUGUGGCACUACAGCUUUAAGAAAAGGUUUUCCCAGAACCGCUUGUGUCGAAUGCUGGUCAAGCAAGUGUGUCACUGUCUGAGCGGGAUGCCACCAAUCAGUAAAACAUUUGUUCAUCACACAAGGUUGUUGGUCUGAAGUCAUUACAGCUAUCAAGUCAUUUUCGUGUUUUGUUUACUAAAGUGUUUAUAAAUGUUAUAACCAAGUGAAGGCUCAAGGGAUCCAUAUAUGAGUAAAGAUGUUACUGCAUUAUUUUUAAAAUAAAAACAAUGUAUGAGAGUAAAUGUGUAACUGAUUAUUAAUAUGUAGAUUGGAAAAUAAAUCUGCAUGCUGACUGGGCAGUAAAACAUUAUAU